AUGCAAAACGGCAGCCCCAACGGCCCAUCCACACAAGAUGAACGAGUAACACCCGUGUCCGAUCCUGCACCCCCCAACGGGUCUGCCAUCGAAAAUUCAUCGGAUUCUACCACCAACGAUACAAUUCCUCCCCAGCCGCAAGACGUCGAAGCUGUCCCCCUACCCGAAGAACCUCCAUCAAAAAAGAGAAGACUCACAGAUUCCUCCUCAUCGCAACGUACUACUCCCCGGCCACCAUCGCCGCCUUGGAAGAAGGCUGGAUACGACGGUCCGACAUCGUUUCUCUCGGACGGCAAGCGCAGGUCUUCGCGCACAAACGCAGUCCCCAUCGAGCUUCAACCCCCAUCGAACACCAGAAAUACGCGUGCGGCUCAGAAUAAAACUAUUGGCAAAUCUGCUCGUGAUGGAACAAAGCCGGCCACAUCCUCACCGCUAUCGGUGACACAGUCACGCGCCGACGUCAAUGGAAAGCUGGGGGGAAAGGCUACUGCCAAUGGGUCGCCCCGUGCGCCGCCUGCGCGCAGUGCAACUAACAAGACACAGCGUCUUGCGCAGGUACAAAUACCGAAAGCGAGUCCUUCGCGCGCGAAAUCUCGAACCUCCCUCCCUCGUCAGUCCGUCAGCGCAGUUGGCACAAAUACUCGCUCCCUUCGCGACCGCCAAUCCCUUUCAAACUUAUCCAAUGGGGAUGGAACACUCGAUGACGACAAGCUGAAUGGUGAGCAACCCGAACAAGGAUCUUCGAAAGUUCCAAGAUUGCGCCUCAACCUGAAGAAGCCUGUCCUUCCCGUCCUCCACCCCGGCCACAUACCGCAGAAGAAGCACGAAUCGUUCAGGGAAUGGAUCUACCAAGUAGAUGGCUCAAGUAUUCUAUCUGAAGAGGAGGCUAUGGUAGAAGCGCGCAGGCGGCAUGAAGUGAUAAGUGCUGCCGAGCCCGGCGGACCAUUGAGCUCGCAAGUCUGCUCAGCAUUUAUCACGGAACAGCAAGAGGAGCCUCCACCACAGUAUUCCCACCAGGAUCACCUUGUCUCCCAUGCUCUCUAUUUCCAGAAACUACUCGAGAAGGAGCACAAGCGCCACCUACAGACCGCCAAGAUGUUCGCACAAUGGUGUGCAGACGCAUAUCGAAAACGCCACAAGAACCCGGAAGACAUACUGCGUGAGCAGCAGGAGGAGAUGCGUGGGAAACGCAAGCAGCUAGCAAAGGAUCUCCAGAAGAUGUUCGACCUCGCCCGUGCCGAUAUUGAUCGGGUACGUCUAGCGCGGUGGGAAGAAAAGCGCAAGAUGGAAGACCAGCAGGCCCUUGAUCGUGCGAUCAAAAAGUCGACCAUGCUGUUUGAGAAGCGUCGAUCGGAGAUUCUAGGUGAACUGCCCAGCGAUGCUCCUGUGACCAGUGAGGAUGAGGAGGAUGGCAAAUCGGGCUUGUCGUCUGAUUCAGGCGAAGAAGACGAAAGUAACAUGUCGGAUUCUGAAUCUGCAACCGACGACGAGGGGAACGUGGACGACGAUGCCAAUCUGACCGCAGAGGAACUACGGAUGAAGUAUGCCAACCUACCCACUGAAGACCGUUUGGACCGAAUGUCUGUAGUCUCUGGCAGCUCGGGAAUGACCGACCCCAACGAAUCCAUCGGCGUUGGAGCUGCUUUAGACGACCUAGAUUCAAACGCCACUCCCGAGCAUAACGAGCUGGAUGAAGUCGACUCUGUGUUGAUGGAUGACAGCGAUGAAUCCACCGAUAUGGAUGAUGACAUGGGUGAUAGUGACGAAUCGGAAGGCGCCUCGAGUGAUGAAGAGUUGGAUGAUGAAGAUGUCAGACCGGGCUUGCUGGGCUUCUUCUCCAAAGACAGCCCCAUGCCAAGCGAAGCCGAGCGAGGCGACGAAACUUCAGUUGUGGGCCUUGAACAUGACGUCGAAAAAUCCGCAUCGGAGUUCGAGGAUCCAGAUGAAGUCUCCCUCGUUCCUAAUGGGCCGACGGCCAGCGAAGGCACUUCUCCAGAAGACACACCCGUGCACAAAGCCGAUGCAUCUGCAGCCUCUCCCGCCACCGGCGGAGACACUCCUACUGUUGAUACUCCAAUGGACGAUGAACCAGCCGAACCCAAGAACGAGGAGGCAGUUUCUGUGGUUGAUACUCCGGUGGAAGAGGUGCCUGUCGAGCUGACAACUGCGGAGGCAACUCCCGAUGCCGAUGCAAAUGCGGGCGAUGAGGCCCAAGCCAUGGAGGUAGAUCAAGUUCAUGACAGCCGACCAAGUAGGGACAUGUCCAGUGAGCCUUCACCGGGAACCUUCGCGACCAAGCCAUCCGAACCCGAGUCGGUCUCAUCGCUCGAGCCUGGAAUCGACAAGGCGUUGCAAAUCAGUCACUCACCCGCCCCAGGCCUUCAGACACCCAUUCCAUCGAUCCUGCGCGGUACACUACGUGAAUAUCAACACUAUGGGUUGGAUUGGCUUGCGGGUCUGUACAAGAACCACAUCAACGGUAUCCUGGCCGAUGAGAUGGGUUUGGGCAAAACCAUUCAAACCAUUGCCCUUCUCGCCCAUCUUGCCGUGGAUCAUGGUGUCUGGGGCCCGCAUUUGGUGGUCGUUCCCACCAGUGUCAUGCUCAAUUGGGAAAUGGAGUUCAAGAAAUGGUGUCCAGGUUUCAAAAUCAUGACCUACUACGGCAACCAAGAAGAACGCAAGCAGAAACGUCGAGGCUGGACAGACGACAACGCCUGGAACGUGUUGAUCACAUCGUAUCAGCUCGUUCUGCAAGAUCAGAUGUCUCUCAAGCGAAAGGAUUGGCACUACAUGAUUCUUGACGAAGCGCACAACAUCAAGAACUUCCGCUCACAGAGGUGGCAAGCUCUUCUUACGUUCAAGUCUCGUGCUAGGCUUCUUCUUACAGGCACACCGCUCCAGAACAACCUCACGGAACUGUGGUCUCUUCUGUUCUUCUUAAUGCCGUCGGAUGGCAACAAUGGGGGCGUCGAAGGGUUUGCGGAUCUGAAGGAUUUCUCUGAAUGGUUCAGACGCCCCGUGGAACAAAUUCUCGAGCAUGGCAGAGAGACGAUGGACGAGGAGGCCAAGGGGGUAAUCACCAAACUUCACACCGUUCUCCGCCCGUAUCUCCUCCGUCGACUGAAAGCCGAUGUCGAGAAGCAAAUGCCCGGCAAGUAUGAACAUGUGGUGUACUGCAGGCUCUCCAAGCGUCAGCGAUACCUCUACGAUGGCUUCAUGUCGAUGGCCCAGACCAAGGAGACGCUUGCAUCCGGAAACUUCCUCUCCAUCAUUCACUGCCUCAUGCAACUUCGUAAAGUGUGCAACCACCCUGAUCUCUUUGAAACCCGACCUAUCUCUACCUCGUUCGCAAUGCCACGGUCCGUGGCUAUGGACUUCAAUGUCAAGGAAUCCCUUGUCCGACGAAGACUCCUCUUUGAACAUCCACUCACCAAGAUCGAUCUGGAUUUCCUCAACCUCGCCCCGGUGUCACGGGAAGAUAUCUCACGCCGACUGGCCGAUGACAGUAUCAGGCUCAUGGCUCUCGGUCCGUUCCAGACCCUGCGAGAACGCCAGUACAACCGUACCAACUGGGAGAUGGGCUUUGACGGGUCCAACAUGCAGACGAUUCUGGAGUCAUUGGAAAAUGCCUGUCGAAAGAGACGAAUGGCCGAGUUAGAGCGGUGUCUUUACUUCGAAUCUAAGCGCCAUGGGCGUCGGCCCAUCUACGGUAGCAGUCUUAUCGAGUUCAUCAGGGCUGGGACACAGGAACAUGCGCUAUCUAAUGCACCCCUGCGGAAGCGCUCGAUGGCGGACUGGCUGUCGAGCCGGUCUUCCGUCCUCGCGUCGAUGAUUUUGACCAUCGAAGAGCGGGCUUUAGAGAUGCACGGCUACGUCCAGCGAUUCGCCUGCGUUACGCCGGCCGCAGUGGCUGCGGGAAUGAACGAAGCCGCUCUGACUCCCGUCGAGACCCGGCUCUUGACCAAUAAUCGACCAAAUCCGCCCUACGAUCCCUUCCACGAAGCGCGGAUGCGGCUUUCUAUCGCUUUCCCGGAUAAGAGACUACUUCAAUACGACUGUGGCAAGCUACAACGUCUUGACAAACUCCUGCGUGACCUCAAAGCCGGUGGUCAUCGCGCCUUGAUCUUCACGCAGAUGACCAAGAUGCUCGACAUCCUCGAACAGUUCCUUAAUAUCCACGGUCAUCGCUAUCUUCGACUUGAUGGAACGACGAAAGUCGAGUCCCGACAGAUGCUUACAGAACGCUUCAAUAGCGACCCUCGGAUCCUCGCUUUCAUCCUGUCGAGUCGAUCCGGCGGUCUCGGCAUUAACCUGACGGGCGCAGAUACGGUCAUCUUCUACGAUCUGGACUGGAACCCGGCGAUGGACAAGCAAUGUCAAGAUCGGUGCCACCGCAUCGGUCAAACCCGAGAUGUGCACAUCUACCGCUUCGUCUCGGAGUAUACGAUUGAAUCCAACAUCCUCCGCAAAGCCAAUCAGAAGCGCAUGCUCGACGACGUGAUCAUUCAAGAGGGUGAAUUCACCACGGACUACAUGACCAAAUUGGGUGCUGCCCCGAUCGCCGAACCCGACGCGCGCGACGGCCAGGACGAGGCCAGUGCCGCCAUGGAUCGCGUGCUGGGUACACGUGUCGGGGGGACCCGAGUUUUCGAAGCUGCGGAGGACAAGGAGGAUCUAGAUGCGGCGAAGAACGCACAGAAGGAACAAGAGCAUGCAGACGAUGGAGACUUUGAGGAACACAGUGCCACCCAUGGUACUGGAACCCCCGCUCAGGUCGGAACUCCGGCCCAGGUUGGGACUCCGUUGCCUGUGGAGGAGACUGGUGUGUCCGAUCCGAUGCACGUGUCUGAGGGUAUCCCUGGGGAAGCCGAACCUGGUCAUAUCGAUGACUAUCUCUUGAGGUUUAUGGAGUGGAACCUGAAGGAUGAACCGUUGAUUCUGCCUGCGGAUAAGAGUAAGAAGAAAUCCAAAAAGGGCAAGGAACAUCAUAUUAAGAGGCGUCGUUGA